AUGGCGAGAUAUCCUUCAACUAAUGAUGACUACCAGGAUACGUCUGCCGUUAUACAAGAGACGAGAUCAAUGCCAUAUCCGGGCGCUUCCAUCAUGCUGAAUUCGGACAAAGAAUCGAAGACUUCGUUGCUGCGAGCGAUUUUUAUCAAGCCGACGGACACUAUCACUACGGACGCCAUUACCAACACCACAAUCACCACCGUCACCACUGACACCACCACCACUGACACUACAAUCACCACCGCCAACACGGUAGCCACCACCGCCGCAGAAAGCAGCAGUGCCCAGGGCAUAACCAAGAAGCAGGGCAAGAGGAAGUGUUUGCCCGAGCUGCGGAAAAGCGUCAACGAAGAGAUGCUUCCUCAUCUUCCUGCCCUGGAUCUGACCGAGCAGCCUGCCGUGGAUGAGGAGCGGAGCGUGGUGCAGGCGUACGCCGACGGUGAUCUCCUCCCGGUGUGGAAGGCGCUCGCGCUGCUCGUCGUCGUCGAAUUCGGCCCAGGCUCGAACCGGAUAUCGUCGUUUAGCACCUUUGCCGCCACCGCUCUCGUCGUCGUGCGCGGCUCUAGACGGGGAACACGGUCAGGCCCGUCGUCGCCUUCGCGGGCUACUGGAGAGAGGCCUUGCCGAGAGAAGGUUUUACCGACAGAAGGGUCCAUCCAUUCCCUCCUGUCUUUCUGUCAGCGCCGUGUCAGGCGAGGGCGAUAUGCCUGGAGAUCGGACAUGCCUGGGCAUCGGACAUGGCUGGAGGAGUGA